UUCCACGGCUGUAGGAUGGUCUGUAAAAGGUGUUCUCUGUGUUCUGCCCCAGGUGUGCUGUCCCUCCCCGCCUACUUCAGCCCCUACCACGAUGGCUCGGUGAGCAGCGAUGGACGGGCGGACGCCUACGCCCAGCUGGAACUCCGGACACUGGAGCAGUCCCUGCUGGCCACCUGCGUCGGGAGCAUCUCGGAACUGAGUGACCUGGUGUCGCGGGCCAUGCACCACAUGCAGUGCCUGAACACGCUGCGGCCCGGCAUGAGCCCCGUGCGGCAAACACGGCAGCAGCAGCAGCCCGUCUCCUGGUCCCCCGAUGCCCUGCACACCCUCUACUACUUCCUGCGCUGUCCCCAGAUGGAGUCCAUGGAGAAUCCCAACCUGGACCCGCCCAGGAUGGCGCUGAGCAACGAGCGCCCCUUCAUGCUGCUGCCGCCGCUGAUGGAGUGGAUGCGCGUGGCCAUCACCUACGCCGAGCACCGGCGCAGUCUGACCGUGGACAGCGACGACGUCCGGCAAACGGCCAGGCUGCUCCUGCCGGGGCUGGACUGCGAGCCACGCCAGCUCAAGCCUGAAUGCUGCUUCAGUUCUUUCCGGAGGCUGGAUGCUAAAGCUGCUACGGAGAAAUUCCAGCAGGACCUGGGCUUCCGCAUGCUGAACUGCGGGAGGACGGAUCUGAUCAACCAAGCCAUCGAUGCACUGGGCCCCGACGGGGUCAACACCAUGGAUGAUCAGGGUAUGACCCCCCUCAUGUACGCCUGUGCUGCUGGAGAUGAAGCCAUGGUCCAAAUGCUCAUAGAUGCUGGAGCAAAUUUGGAUAUACCAGUGCCCAGCACCUCCCCACGGUUCCCCUCGGUGCACCCCGACAGCCGCCACUGGACCGCGCUCACCUUCGCCGUGCUGCACGGCCACAUCUCCGUGGUUCAGCUGCUCCUGGAUGCUGGUGCCCACGUAGAGGGCUCUGCUGUGAACACUGGCGAGGACAACUACGCCGAGACCCCUCUCCAGCUGGCCUCGGCUGCAGGGAAUUACGAGCUGGUCAGCCUGCUGCUGAGCAGGGGCGCUGACCCUCUGCUGAGCAUGCUGGAAGUCAACGGGAUGUCAUCGUCCCUCCACGAGGGCAUGAACUGCUUCAGCCACUCGGCAGCACACGGGCACAGGAACGUCCUGCGCAAGCUCCUGACGCAGCCCCAGCAGGCCAAGGGCGAUGUGCUGUCCCUGGAGGAGAUCCUGGCCGAGGGCGUGGAGAGCGACACGUCCAGCCAGGGCAGCGGCAGCGAGGGCCAGGUGCGGCUGUGCAAGACACGGACCAAGGCGCUGCAGGAGGCCAUGUACUACAGCGCCGAGCACGGCUACGUGGACAUCACCAUGGAGCUGCGGGCGCUGGGAGUGCCCUGGAAGCUCCACGUGUGGAUCGAGUCGUUGCGGACGACCUUCUCCCAGUCCCGCUACUCCGUGGUGCAAACCCUUCUCCGGGAGUUCGUCACCAUCAAAGAGGAGGAUUACAAYGAGGAGCUGGUCAGCGAGGGGCUGCAGCUCAUGUUUGACAUCCUCAAAACCAGCAAAAACGAUUCCAUCAACCAGCAGCUGGCAUCCAUCUUCACCCACUGCUAUGGCAGCAGCCCCAUUCCCAGCAUUCCCGAAAUCCGAAAGACUCUGCCAGCUCGCCUGGACCCUCACUUCCUGAACAACAAAGAAAUGUCUGAUGUAACUUUCUUAGUGGAAGGAAAGCUCUUCUAUGCACACAAAGUCCUGCUGGUUACUGCAUCUAACAGGUUCAAGACACUGAUGACCAAUAAAACAGAGCACGAUGGSCACGGCAGCAAGACUGUAGAAAUCAGCGAUAUGAAAUACAACAUUUUCAAGAUGCUGAUGCAGUAUUUGUACUAYGGAGGGACAGAAUCCAUGGAAAUUCCCACCACUGAUAUCUUAGAGCUGCUGUCRGCUGCCAGCCUGUUCCAGCUGGACGGCCUCCAGAGACACUGUGAAAUCCUCUGUGCCCAGACCAUCAGCAUGGACAACUCUGUCAGCAUCUACAAAUAUGCAAAGAUUCACAACGCACCGGAGCUGGCCUCUUUCUGCGAGGGCUUCUUCCUCAAGCACAUGAGCUCCCUGUUGGAGCAGGACUCAUUCAAGCAGCUCAUCUACGGCAGGAACAGCAAAGUGCAGGGCCUGGACCCGCUGAGGGACCUGCAGGCAGCGCUGGCCGGCCGCUUGCACUCUGUGUACGUCACCUCCAGGGUGUGAGCGGGCACAACGCGGAGGGGGCAUCACUGGGAUGGUUUUGCCUUCUGGAUCUUCCUGAAAAGCCCCAGGAUGGGCAUCCCUGGGGGCUGAGGGAGGGGGAGCUGCCUCCUCCGUGCUGCUGCUGUCACAUGAACCACACUGCCACGGGGAGGCUGCRGGGGAGCCCCCGAACCACAGAGAUGGGCGCUGCGGGGCUGCAGAGGAAGAGGCGAUUUCAUCCAGCCCGGCGCUAAUACCUGGGCUUAGCUUCAUCCACACAGAUGUUUUCCGGGUAAAAAGGCUGCCUGGAAGGAGUUUUCCUGAUCCUAAAGCCCAUCCCACGAGCCAUCUGCCUGCACACCUUCAGGAGCAUCAGUGUCUGUGCAUCGCAGCGGAGCGACGGGAGCUUCCCCCAAAACUGUUUGCACCUUGAGAGAGAGGUUUUGGUUGUUCAAAGCUGAGUAGCAACUAACACUAACACUGAAAUUACUCACUCUUUAAGGCUUGUGUGAAGAGCUGAGCUGGGGCAGGGAGGGGAGAGUUGGGGGUUUGCGUGUUUUUACAGUUUCACUGUGCCAGUUGUUAACCUGGAUCUGUUUCCAGGAGGAAAACAAAGGCUGUCUUUGCUUUUGCUGUCAAGGUUUGAUAGUCCCAGUCACUUUCACCUUAAAAACCGUUUCUGAGCAUUACCUGUGAGACCUGACACCACAAAAGACACUUCCUAGAAGGCUCAGGUGUAGCAGGCUGAAAAACUGCCCAGUUGCAAAAAUAGCAAUAAAAGGCUCCCCAGGCCCCYGAGGAAUGUCCAUCUCAGUGGUGUGUUCUCUCUCUGGAGCUGGUUGGGAUUAAGGAAAGACCUCCAGCUAUUCCCACUGAGCUUUGCUCGGAUUUCCACCAGGAAUCAUUUGCCAGGACGUUUCCAUUUGUUGUGGGUGGGUGAACAAGGGGAGAAGGAUUUUUUCCUCGUUAGAAAUCCAGCAAUUAAUUCGUGUUGCAUCUAAACGCCCCGGCAAGAGGAGGAGGCUCAGCUGGGCUCCAAAGCACAGCCCAGCCACAGUUUAGGGAAAGGGAAGGAACUGCAGCAGCUCCCAGAAAAUCCAUCAAAAUCUGACGUGGCCUUGUUCCUGAGGGAUUUGCACACAUGGAGAAGGGUUUUUAGCCAGGUUGGUCAGGGCACACUCCUUUUGGGUGCACAUCUGCUGGCCACCAGCAGCCCCAAUAACCCUAUUUAUUACCAGAAAGCCAUACAGGGGGGUCGGAAUUAUCGCUGAGAAAUGCCACAGAGAAGGCUUUAUUUUGGAAAGUAUUUUCGAGUAGCUGCUCYGGCUAUCUGUACAAAUCUGCAGGUCCUCUUUGGUUGCUGUAAUAUUACAAUGCUCUGUUUAAUUGUACAUUAAUGUUGUCAUUUAUGUAAAUGUACCGGGAUUUUAUUAACAACGUAAUUUUAAAAUACACAGCUGUUGUUGUUU